AUGCUUCAUGACUUAUUAAGUUUAAGACAAGCAUCUUCAUCAACAUUCAAUUGCUCAAGUUAUUCCAAAUCAUCAAAUAAACUUGCAAUUGUUCAAAAAAAUGCAAUUUUCAUUUUAAAUUUUAAAAAUGGAUUAUUAAAAAAAGAGAGUGUUAAAAUGAUACCAAAAGAAGAAUAUUAUAAUGAUUAUAAAUUAGGAGAACCACAAGCAACAGUAUUUCCAAUCAUUAGAAAACAUGCAACCAGUCAAGCAGAAGUUGAUUUUUUAAAAGGAAGUUUAUCAGAAUGUUUUUUCCCAUCAUUAGGUGGUGGAUUUCAAUUAUUAGCAACAUCAACGAGCAAUGGUCAUGUUUUUCUAUUUAAAUCACCAUAUAUCUCUUCAACUUCAAGUAAUUACUUUUGGGAGAAAGUAUCUUCAUUAUCUGAUUUAACUUAUCAAAUUUUAAUUGAUCCAAAAAUUAAUGAAAAAAUUGAUGAAAAUGAUAGUGUUUGGAUUGAUAGAAAUAUUAAUCCGAAACCAUUGGUUCGUCAAUCUGAAUCAGUAUCAAAUUUAGAGUAUAAAAAAAGAACUGAAUGGAUGGAUAUACAAUCUAUGGAUUGGUCACCAAUUAUGAGUGAUGGAAAUAUUGAAAAUACAGGUAAAAAAUCCAAUUCCACCAAUACAAAUGGUUCAAUUAUAACUUUAUUAUCACUAGGCACAAAAAGAGGUAUCAUUUUUUUUAAGUGUACUAUUCCAACUUCAUCAUCAGAUGCAUUUACAAGUGAUAAUAUAUCAUUUUUAUGUUUUGAUGAAUAUGAUGAUUGGGUGACUGCAAUUAAAUGGAAACCAUCUUCUUCAACAACAAUUAAUAAUAAUAAUAAAAAUAGUAAUAAUAAUAAUAAUAAACAAAAUUCAAUCACAAGUCAAAAUCAAAAUAUAAUUGCAAUUUCACUUGGUGAUGGUAGUGUAAAUUUAAGUAAAGUAGAUAGUGAUGGAAAUGUAACACUUUUAUAUAAUAUCAUUGAAAAAGAUUAUAAUGUUGCAACACUUUUAGAAUGGUCACCACCAAAUGAAAAUGGUGAAACAUAUUUAUUUAUUUGCAAAGGAAUGGGUUUUUAUUUAUAUAAUUUCGAAAAAAAACAAUUAUCAUGUUUAUUUUUAAAACAUAGAGCAACUAUAACUUGUGUUUCAUUUUCAGAUUAUUAUCAUUUUUCAACAUCAUCAUUGGAUAACAAUAUCAUUGAUUUUAAAAUUCAACCAAAUUUUUGGAAUUCAUUACUCACUCAAGAGAGUUUACAACCAACCUCUGUAAAUUAUUUACCAAAGGAUGAUGAUAAAGGUUUGGGUAUUUAUUCAUUGGUCACAUCACCAAAUAAAUUAAUUACUGUUUAUUUAGAAAAUUUACCACCAGGUAUUACAAUGUAUCAUUCUAAAUCAGUAACAUCAAGAUUAAAUUUAGCAUAUAAAGAUCCACCAUUCAAUUUUCAGUCAUUUAAACAAGCAUUCUUAAAUAAAUUUGAAAGAGAAAAGUCAAAGGAUCUUUGGGAUUAUUUUAUUUAUAUAAAUGUUUAUCCAGGUGAGAGUAUUUUAGAGUUUAUAAAUGAAAUAUGUCCAGAUGAUAAUGAUAAAGGGUUUAAUUCAAAUGCUUUAGUAACUAGAUGUAAUAUCAUACUCACUCACUCACUCACUAACUCACUCACCCACCCCCAAUUUCUCAUUAAAUUAACACAUUACUAA